GCCUUGGCUUAGCCCAGCUCCGGAUCCCCGAGGACAGCGCGUCCGGGCAGAGAACAAGAAUAUUCACAUCUGUGUACUUUUAAAUGAGCGCCCUCACCUCCAUUCCAGUAGCUUUUUUCUUCCAGUGCCGCCUGCCAGCGCGCCCUUUUCCGGAACCCACCGUCAGGAUCCCAGACGCAGUUCAGUGACCUUUCCAAAGAGGAAUUCCUUCUAACCGCUAUGUCAGCCAUGUGGAAGGUGGAUGGAAGAAUCUGAUUCUGGAAGCAGGGAGCCUAUACCUGCCUGGCACUGCUUGCAGCUCAGCUUCUUCACAAUGGUGGGUCCCAAUGGCAACGAAUCCAGUGCCACGUAUUUCAUCCUAAUAGGCCUGCCAGGCUUGGAAGAAGCUCAGUUCUGGCUGGCCUUCCCAUUGUGUUCCCUCUACCUUAUUGCUGUGCUAGGUAACUUGACGAUCAUCUACAUUGUGCGGACGGAGCACAGUCUUCAUGAACCCAUGUACAUCUUUCUUUGCAUGCUUUCUGGCCUUGAUGUUCUCAUCUCCACCUCAUCCAUGCCCAAAAUGAUGGCCAUCUUCUGGUUCAACUCCACUACCAUCCAGUUUGACGCUUGUCUAUUACAGAUGUUUGCCAUCCACUCUUUAUCUGGCAUGGAGUCCACAGUACUGCUGGCCAUGGCCUUUGACCGCUAUGUGGCCAUCUGCCACCCACUACGCCAUGCCACUGUGCUAACAUUGCCUCGUGUAACCAAGAUUGGCAUGGCUGCUGUGGUGCGGGGGGUUGCACUUAUGGCACCCCUGCCUGUCUUCAUCAAAAGGCUACCCUUCUGCCGCUCCAAUAUCCUUUCCCAUUCCUACUGCCUGCACCAAGAUGUCAUGAAGCUGGCCUGUGCUGACAUCCGCGUCAAUAUCAUCUAUGGCCUCAUCGUCAUCAUCUCAGCCAUUGGCCUGGAUUCGCUUCUCAUCUCUUUGUCAUAUCUGCUUAUCCUCAAGACUGUGUUGGGCUUGACACGUGAAGCCCAGGCAAAAGCAUUUGGUACAUGUGUCUCUCAUGUGUGUGCUGUUUUCAUAUUCUAUGUGCCUUUCAUUGGAUUGUCUAUGGUGCACCGGUUUGGCAAGCAGCAUGACUCCCUCCUGCCUGUCAUCCUGGCCAACACCUACCUGCUUGUUCCCCCCGUUCUCAACCCUAUUGUCUACGGAGUGAAGACAAAGGAGAUCCGACAGCGCAUCCUUCGUCUUUUUCAUGUGACCACCCACACUUUGGAUCCCUAAGGGAUCAAAUUUCUUUUUCGUGCAAAGUCUUUCAGUUCAGAUUUUAAUAUCAACAUUUUGGAAGACUGUAUUAGGAAAAAAAUUCUUUAUAAAAACACAACUGAUCCUUCAAAGAUGAAACUGGUUGGAGGAUCUCCAUGUGUGUAGGGGCAGUAGAACUGUAUACUCCCAAUCCUUAUUUUUCAAUAUUAUUUUUCCCUUUAGUUCUUUGGGGUGGUUGUGGUUGGAGGGUUAUUACUUCCCAUUUGGUUGGAAUUCAGUUCAAUUCUUAAGUCCAAACCAUUCAGACAAUUGCUUGCGCUGAUAGUUCACAGCAUUCUGAGAUAAGGGCGAUAUUUCUAAAGGACAUUUAUCAAAGGUUUGAGUAUGACAAAAAUUAAAUACAAGAACAUAAUACAAUUAGAUAAUCUGGCUUAAAACUGAUUUCCUCUUCAGAAUCCCCUACCAUUUGGAUCUUAGGAAAGGAGACAUACCUGGAUUUCCCUCUUCAAAGUGACCUCCACAGAGAAAACAUGAUUUCUUUUUUUUUUUCUGACUACCAUUCCUUAAGAAGCGGAUUGAAAGUAAAUUCACAAAAGAUUACAUUUAUCUACAUUAAUGAAAGAUGAUACUGUAUCUGAGCAUUUUCAUAGACUCUGGACAGUUUUCCUUAUUUUCCAGUUUUCUUAUCAACCUUUUGAUUUUGGCAGGAAUAUGAUUAGUGUCCCCAUUGUACUGAUGGGGAAACUGAUGUUCAAUGAGAUCACAUGGGCUUAAAACAUUAUCUUUUGAUGCCCAAUCCCAUAUUUGAGGAGGGGCUGUUAGACUAGUGGGGUAGUAAGUCAGACAUUCUAGAGUCUUGAAUUUUCUGUAUUUAAGUUCCUUUCUCGUUCAGUAUUGUAUUUAGGAAUUUCCUGUUAAUGUUGUUGAUGGCUUUAAUUUCAAAGGUUCCCAGCCUAUUUGCCGUUGUACUUAUGUCGUAGCAACAGGAAUAUGUUUGGGCAAUUCCCAAACAGUGGCUAUUUCGGGUAAUAGUAUGAUUAGUAGUUGGGGCAUUCACUGGAUAUCUGGAGAGACACUUUAUAGAGAGAUGCAGCUGAGAAAACUUAGGAGCUCAUGGCAGAAAGGGCAGGACUGGUACCAUAGACCAGGGAGUCAAGAGCACAAAGCAUUGUGAGACUGAGUAGGGUCAGUGGCCCAGGUGACCAGCAAGGAAGAAAAACUAAGGCAAGCAUAGGUCCACAGAAAGUGAAUAGACAUAAAAGUGGACAACAUGUAUUCCCAGGGUUCUGAGGUACCCUGCUGGGGACACCCAUAGCAUCAAAGUGCCAUGGGUUUGAUUCCUGGUUGGGGAAUUAAGAUUCCACAUGUUGUGUCAUGCAAUACAGACUUUUUUUUUUAAGACUGUAUCUCUGAUAGCUGUAUUUAGCAUGAGUAUGGUUCCAAAGGCCCACCCAGGCCAAGUAUAGCACUUGCAGAAGGAAGCCAAAUGGGAAGAAUGUGUGUGGGCAUUGCAGGAGUGCGGGAGGAAUGAAUGGAGCAGGAAUGAGAUCUCCACCCACAGGGGAGUGCUAGGCAGACCUAAGGAGAGGUAGGUAAGUGUGAGAAGCAGGUAGGAGAGUAGUGAGCAUGGUACAUGGCUGGCCAGACUUUUCUGGCCAUAGCCAGAAGCACAGGACUACUUGGUAGAAAGGAUAUCAGGAGAACAUAUCCAGUUUCUUUGACUGGAAUCCAGAAGAUAAGAAUUGUGAGCAGUAGGGAAUCUGCUGUGCCCGGUGAGUGGUGACCAGCAGAUCGAGGUAUAUAAACUACUCUCAAUGCCAGCUAGGGUCACUCUGAACUGUAUAGAGGACAUCCAAAUUCCCAAUAGUGCCCUGACACUACGAUUGAAAGAAAGAAACAGAAUGAGAGAGAAGAGAAAGACUUUUUUCUUAUUAGGAAAGUAGUAUAUGAUCACAGUAAACAAAAAUCUUAGACAUUCUGAAAAUAUAACAGAAAUAAAAAUGUAAUAAAAACUCCAGUAAACUUGUCACCCUAAAGAAAAAAAAAGUACUGCUGGCAUUUUGGUGUUUAUUCUUCCAGAUUUCUAGUAAGUGUUUGUAUACAUGCUUCUGUAUGGGUAUAUGAUGAAUGUGGGUAUCUGUUUUAUAGUUGAAAUCCCACAAGAGUCGUAGACAAAUGAGUAAAAAGAGACAAAUCAGAAAGACACAUUUUUAACUUUUAUUUCUGGGGAUGCAGCUAUUAUCAUAGAUUUCAAAAGAGAUUCCAAGUGUAUAAUAGUUAAUAUGCUCAGGAUAAAGUUUCAUGGUUUUGAUCCUAAAAGGAUUAACCAUUUGGUAAAUGUAAACCCAUAUGCACACACAUCAACACUUACACUACCUUCUUUCCUGUGUUUCUCAAUAAGUACUAAAUGCCAGAUUUAGGGACAAAACUAUAUCUGGUCAUUUACUUCACUUACUGGGUCAUCUGGAGGGCCCAGAGGUAAGAACUAGGAUGAAAAGAGAGGCUGCCUUUUUUAGGAGAGUUGACUGGAAAUGAGAGGUUUCCUGGGUAGUUUUAACAGUAAAGAAUCUGCCUGCAAUGCGGGAGACCUGGGUUUGAUCCCUGGGUUGGGAAGAUCCCCUGGAGAAGGGAAAGGCAACCCAUUCCAAUAUUCUUGCCUGGGAAAACCCACAGGCAGAGGAGUCUGGUAGGCUACAAUUCAUGGGGUUACAAAGAGUUGAACACGACUCAGCAAGUAACACUUUCACUUUUCAAAGAACUUUAUUAUAUACAUUUUACCUGGACAUCUUCUUUUGGCCCCAUUUCCUUUGUUUAGAUAUUCUUGUCUCUGGCCCCACAAUUGCAGCUAAUUGGCCCUUUUCUGGGUCCUAGAAAAGUCGGAAUAACAUGAAAUUUCAGCCUUUAAGUCACUUACUCUCUCUCUCUCUCUUUUUUUUUUUUUAGGUUUUACCUAGAAAGGAUCUAUAAACAUGUCUUGUGUUCCCAGUUAUGACUACCAGCUCUCUAGUCCAGAUACUCCCCUGCUGCUUGGACAAUUGUCAAAAGCUUCACACUGGUCUCCUUGCUUUGAAUAUCAUUUGCACCAGUCCUAAAUCCCACAGAGCUGGUAGGAGUUUUUUCCAAACACACCUCUGAUUAACUUCCCUGCUUAAAAUCCAUCAAAGAUCUUUUGUUACUUCCCCUAAAAAGUUUUUACUUCUCAGAAAGACAGUAGGCUACACCUUUCUCUUUUAUACCUGUUCCUGUCUUAUUUUUUCAGUAUAACAUUUAUAAUUCUUCCACACAACAUAUUAUUCAGCUACUUGGUGUCUCUGAUUGAUUUCAUGCAUUUUUAAAGCCUUUGUUUCACUCUGUUCCAUUGUAUGAACUGAUCUUUUGCUAUCCUUAUAAAAUGAAGCUAUUCAUGAUUUGUCAGGCUAGAAGAAGUAUUCUCUCUUCAGUGUGCUCUGACUUCUUGAAGAUUUUUACAACUGGACUGUUUUCAGUUCAGAAAAGUAGAAUGAGAUCUCUGAGUUAUAUCUGUUUAAGAUAGUAACAUAUCUUAUAUCACUAUUUUAAUUAAGUUGAGAAGAUUCCCUUGUAUGCAAUGGACAUACAUGUGGAGGGUCAUUCCCUUCCACUAUGGCUGGCCUUCUUGACAUAGGCAGAUCUGAACUUGGGAAAGGAAUAUAUUAUAACAUUGGUUUGGGCUUUCAGAGUUGAUGUUCAUUGUUUAUCUCUUAAGCAAAGUACUUUCAAAGUACUUCAUGCAAUCUCAUAGUUUUUGUUAUCCUAAAUUUGAGCCAAAGAAUAUGAAGCUGAUGCAGAACCAGAUUGUAAUCUGCUAUUCCUAAGGAAGCCAACAAGGAUGUAGAGUUCUUAACUCUAACACACUUGAAGAGUGAGGGCAUGAAGACUCGGCUGGAAAUCUGAAAUGGGGUUAUUGGAAAGGAUGCAACUGUCAGUGUCAGACUUCACCUUGGAAUCUGUCAGGCAAGCAAGUCUAUUGGAGAAAAAGACACUCCUAAGAGGGGUUACAAGAAGAGUUAGUGCUUAGGCAGGUGGCAUCAUAUCACAUGAUUAACACAUUUAUUCACUUGUUCAAUAAAAAUUUAUGAAAAAAUUAAAA